AAUAGCAGUUCUGGAAUGAUUUUGCUACAGACUCUCUGGAGAGCCCCGGCAGGAGCUGAAUUCCCAAAGAUCUCCACAUCGAUGAAAGCAAAGUUGAGCCACCAAGCCGUCGUCGUCAUGUCCACCUCGCUGCGAGUUAGCCCUUCCAUCCACGGCUACCACUUCGACACAGCUUCGCGUAAGAAAGCGGUGGGCAACAUCUUUGAAAACAUCGACCAAGAAUCACUACAGAGACUCUUCAAAAACUCUGGGGACAAGAAAGCAGAGGAGAGAGCUAAGAUCAUUUUUGCCAUAGAUCAAGAUCUGGAGGAGAAAACACGAGCCCUGAUGGCCCUGAAGAAGAGGACGAAAGACAAGCUUUUCCAAUUUCUGAAACUGCGGAAAUAUUCCAUCAAAGUUCACUGAGGACAAGAGAAUGGAUAAGAACAUUAUCCAGGAACAGACAUUUGUGAGUCAAUCGGUGAGACCUUAACAUGCAGCAUUGUGUUGCUGCCUUGCAAGCUUCUCCUCCGUCAGGACUCCGGAGGCUGGAAAGGAACAGAACAAACUGGUUACAAAGACUCCAACCAAUUUCAUGCCUGUGCCGUGACAGUGGAGAACAAAAUGCUUUCAGCGAGGAUUUGAAAACUCUCCCAGCGGGAAAGGACUGAUGCCCGUGUCAGGAGAAGAGUCUGGAUGAAUGUAAUGAGAAAUGAAACUGAAGAAAACAGAUGGCUGGGGAAGAAUUCCAGCCAGGGUCUCUUUGUGGAGCCCUAGGACUUAAAUUCGACCUGAACUUUUUUUUUUUUUUUCCUAA